GCGAACUAACCGCAAUCACCUAACCGCUUGGCACGAACGCGCGCGUAUCCACUCCUGCGCAUAGCGCGGCCGUUUGAAUAUCGAACGCUCGAUUCGAAACAAAAUAGAAUCGAUUUAAAGUGGAUUAAUGCAAGUGUAGUGAGUGAUGACCUGUAGGUUGUGAAAAGUUCUUAAUAGGAAUAGUUGAUACGUGCACCAGUCAUGACGGCUGACGCGAAGAAUCUAGAAAACAGCAAAGCUGAAAAGGCUAUUAAUGGCAGCGACUUAAAUGGAACCAAUGUAAUUAAGAAUAGCUUUAAUAAAGAAAAACUCAAUCAAGAUAAAAAAGAUGUAGACGAUUGGGAUGAGUUGGACAUUUUUCAGAAAACGAAACGAGUGAUGUCCAUGAUUACUGUAGAACCGAUUUUAGCAUGUUACGUGAUGCCAUCCGUGCUGUCAGCUUUAGCAACUCAGAAUUUAUAUUUGGAAAAAGCUUGUAGAGUUAAUUUAGGGUUCGAUCAUCACGUGUGUGAUGCCUUAACGAGAAGGGAGACUGCUAAUUAUACUCUUGAAGAGGAAGCAGUUCAGACUCUAGUUGCUUCUGUUGCUGGCUGGAAGACCGUGCUGCAGUCAUUCUUGCCCUGUGGAAUAUUAAUUUUUUUGGGAGCGUACAGUGACAAGAUUGGACAGAGAAAAUUCUGCAUGCUGUUACCAAUCAUUGGAGAAUUUCUGACGAGUAUAGGUUUGAUUGUCAAUACCUAUUUCUUUCAUCAGCUGCCGGUUGAGGUUGCUGCAGUGACUGAAGCUAUAUUCCCUGCCUUGACUGGAGGGUGGUUCACGAUGUUUAUGGGAGUGUUUAGUUAUAUCGCGGACGUCACUACAGAAGAACAAAGGACGUUAAGGAUCGGUGUUGUGAAUCUGUUUUACUCAGUCGGAGUGCCAGUGGGGGCUGCUCUCAGUGGGAUAUUGGUGCGGAAAAUUGGACUCUAUGGUGUGUUCUCGUUGAGUGCUUCGUUAUACAUUCUGAGUUUCUUCUAUGGCUACUAUAGGAUCAAGGAAGUCAAGAGGCCUGACUUAAAUACGAAACCAGCGAAGAACUGUUGCGAAUGGCUCCGCCAGUUCUUCGAUACGCGAUACGUCAAGGAAACCCUCAUGGUAGCCUUCAAGAACGGGCCGAACAAAAGGAGACUCCGGGUCAUCAUGCUUGUAGUGGUGCUGUGUGUGGUCAUUGGUCCUAUUUAUGGUGAAAUGUCGGUGAUGUACUUAUUCACCAGAUACCGGUUCAACUGGAACGAGGUGGACUUCAGCAUGUUCUCUACUUACGCGAUGUGUACUUCAUUAGUUGGAACUUUGUUCUCGGUGGGGGUCUUCAGCCAUCUUUUGAAGUUCGACGACGCCAUCAUCGGGGUUAUAUCUUGUACCAGCAAGAUCCUAGCCGGGUUCAUGUAUGCUUUCGCUACCAAAACCUGGCACAUCUACAUAGCCCCAUUGAUCGAGAUUUUCAAUGGGACUUCUUUCAUUGCUAUGAGAUCUAUGGUCUCUAAAUUGGUUGAAAGAGAUGAGCUGGGCAAAGUGAACUCGUUCUUUGGAGUAGCCGAAGCUAUGAUGCCUUUAGUGUACGCUCCUAUGUACACUUCAGUGUAUACUGCUACCAUAAAGACCUUCCCUGGAGCCUUCUUCCUUCUUGGAGGAGGACUUACAGUUCCUGCCGUGGUGAUAUUCUUGUGGUUAUACUUGGCGAAUAAGAAACAUGGCCAACCAGACAAGUCAAACGCGAACGCAGACACCAUCGGCAACGUCGAAAAUAAACCCGAAAAAGCUGGCAUAGACAACAAAGCUUUUGAAGCUGAGAACCACGCGGUUGACCAUAAAGCUCCCGAUGUUCAUUCAAACGCUGGUACCGAUACCAUAGAUAACGUAAACCAAUCUCAAAUAGAAAUGGGGUUCACUGAAAGUAUGAUGUGUACCAGUAAACUUUAAGGUUUAAAAUAAACAAAAGAUUAGUGUAAUGUUGGGACCAUGAUACCGAAUUAUGAAUAGUUGGUAUUUAAACUUUACAAUACAAACGUAGGUAUUUAAUCUUUACAAUACAAACCUAUGUUAAUAGAUGAUUAAAAUUUGACAGAUAUAAAGUUGUAAACGAGGGUAAGUCUGGCAAACAGCGAGCAUGAGUGGCGUGAAUAAGUAUCGUCGUUUCUUAAGCUAUUGCUUCGCGUCUUGUCGUGUCGUGUUGUCAAAAAGUUCUAUGGAGACAUCGAACAGUCAGCGUCAUUAUAUUUCACCUAAAAUAGCCAAUAAGUUCGCAACACGUCUUUGUUACAAUAGAAUAAGGUUGUGUUGUCGAAUUUUUGGCCACUUUGGGUGUCACGAACUAUUUGACGCUGACUGUACCAUACUAACGCUGCAGCAUGCCGCUUGUGUGUCAAAAGCUUAAAGAUGUAGAUAAUGCUAAAUACUAAAUACGGCUGUGACAAAAUGACGAUAUUACCGACGGCAGAAAGUCCUGUACUGAAAGUGCAAAAAUCGAGAUAAUAUGAUAUUCCAUAUUAAAGUAAACUGAUUUUCAAUUGUUUGUCGAUACGCAUAAAGCUGUGAUAAUUAAAAUAUAUAAAUAUUUGUGAUUUUAUUAUAAUACUUGAAAGGAAAUGUUUUGGUGAAACCUAAACUUCUAAAAUAAUUGUUCCUGUAAAGAAAAUAUUUAUUAUGUGUUAUAUUUUUAGAAGCGAUUUGUGGAGUAGACUCUUAUUAUUUUUAAGUUAAUUAGUACUUAAGUUUUUGAUUGUAGUCUGUGCUAUAUUGACUAUUGUAGAUCGCAGUGAAUUAGUAAACGUCCAAGUACUUAGGUGUUUGAUAAAAAUUACUAAUAAAGAUACAAUAAAAAUUA